UUUAAGCAAAAUAGUCUGUUUCGUUUGUGCUUCGUUUGUGCUGGUUUGUGCAGCAAAAAUGUUCGUUUGUGCUGCUAUGGUUUUUUAGUUAUGAACGAUUCUUUUAUAGGUCAUCCAGAGUUCACCCAGCCCCCCAUCUGCUCAGAAUGGACCCAAAAUGGUACCGUUCGUUUGUGCUUCGUUAGUGCUGGUUUGUGCAGCAAAAAUUUUCGUUUGUGCUACUUCCGUUUCGGAGAUAUUAGACAUUUAUUUUAUAGCGAUGACGUCACCCAGCCCCCCACCUGUCUCCAAAUGGACCCAAAAUGGUACCGUUCGUUUGUGCAGGUUUGUGCAGCAAAAAUUUUCGUUUGUGCUACUUCCGUUUCGGAGAUAUUAGACAUUUAUUUUAUAGCGAUGACGUCACCCAGCCCCCCACCUGUCUCCAAAUGGACCCAAAAUGGUACCGUUCGUUUGUGCUUCGUUUGUGCAGGUUUGUGCAGCAAAAAUUUUCGUUUGUGCUGCGAUGGUUUUUUAGUUAUGAAGGAUUCUUUUAUAGGUCAUCCGGAGUUCACCCAGCCCCCCAUCUGCUCAGAAUGGACCCAAAAUGGUACCGUUCGUUUGUGCUUCGUUAGUGCUGGUUUGUGCAGCAAAAAGUUUUGUUUGUGCUGCUUCCGUUUCGGAGAUAUUAGACAUUUAUUUUAUAGCGAUGACGUCACCCAGCCCCCCACCUGUCUCCAAAUGGACCCAAAAUGGUACCGUUCGUUUGUGCAGGUUUGUGCAGCAAAAAUUUUCGUUUGUGCUGCUUCCGUUUCGGAGAUAUUACACAUUUAUUUUAUAGCGAUGACGUCUGGUAGCCCCGCCCCCUUGUUUACUUCCAAACGACCCAAAAUAGUGCCGUUCGUUCGUUUGUGUUUCGUUUGUGCUGGUUUGUGCUGCAAAAAUUGUACCGAUUGUGCCGGCUGCUACGGUUUUGCAGAUAUUACACAUUUAAUUCCUAGCGAAGACGUCACCCAGCCCCACGUCACUGUAUUUUGUCGCGAAUUUCAAGCUCCUGGAAUGCUCCUGAUGCAGGAUGAAUACAAGGUAAAUAUGUUCUUAGCCUUUUUUUCUUUUCUUUUUAUCUUACAGAAAACUUUCACUGCGGGGAAUGGCUUUUAGUACGAGGAUAUUUCUGUAAUUAUGUUUGUAUCGUGCUCAUUGAUUAAUUUCCUUGUUUUCAAUAAGCCUAUGUGAUCAUUUUUUUCAAUUACAUCUGACGUGCAAAAGGUUCACCGCAACCUAAAUACCCUGAUGAGUCUAUGUCUGCUCCCUCCAAAACAUUAAUUAAUGCAACAAUUAAUACAUGUAUGUGAAGUUGAUGACAGCCAUAAAAAGAAACUUGAAAACGUGAAAAAAUAACUUUCUUUGUCAAAGGGAACAUUAUCAACAUUUUUUCCCAACAAUUCAAACAAUGCAUCACUGCACUGUGUAGAACACAGCAUGUGGGAAGAUCUUAGUAUUUACUGAUGCUGCUUUCACUCCACUUCCCAGGUCAUUAUAGAUCUCCCAGGCAUAUGCAGUCCUCCUGCAGUAUGCCACAUAAUGCCCGAGAGAAUCCUGGGUCAGUCCUGGUUCAAAGCCAAUGACUGCUCUCAAAGUAAAGGUCUUCUCUUUUAGCUCCAGACUGGAGGGAAAUUCAAGCAAGGCAACUUCCUUGCAACUGCUACCAAGAGUUUUGAAUGAAGACGGACACCGGGAAGGAUUUUCAAUUGGCCUGAGGCAGAGAGAGUCAGGAAGGCUGAGUCCCUCUUCAGCAGCAGUCUGAAGAGAAGCCAUGCCACAGGUCUGCAGGACAGCAACGUUUGGACAAACAAGUGAAACUUGCCUUGUUACUUGGUGGCUUAAACUGCAGUACUUGGAGAUGUGGCAUUGUGCAUCAAUUUGGAGAGCACCAGAGGUCAGGAGGACAGGUUUGAAUAUUUCCCCCAGCAGUUCUGCCCUCUGUGAGUAUACCUGUGGGUUCACACUCUGUGUUGUGAUGGUUUUCACCAGGUGGAGGAAUUGGUUCCCACGUUCAUAGUUCAGAACAGUCUUUUCAAAUGAAAAACUUUCACAGAAAGAACAGCAUAAGCAUUGCAAGACAGAACCAAAUGCACAAGUAUUGAGCACAAACACUUUUGAUGUGCGAAGUUUAACAGGCUGUUGAUGGUUCCCGUUUUUCAACAAUGGUACCUUGACUUUUUUCCAGCCCACUUGUGUGUCAAUAUGCAGCCAUUCAGGACAAGGAGAGAGAUAUGAAGUUAUCUUUCUUUUUUUGGGUGGGACCGCUAAACCUCUCCAGUUUUCAACUGCACUGUCAGUAGAUGCAUCUGGCUCCGCUCCAGGAUGAGAUUUUUCUCCCCUUUUGUUUACUACUUCAGUUUGAGAAGUACUGCAGACAUUGUCAGGCUCUCUGACGGUCGUGGCAUCACACACAUCACUUUUUUGUUUUGCAGAGCAAAUCCGCAUGUUUCCCUCAAUGAAGGAAAGAUGACGAGCAACAAACCGGUCCACACGAAUGGGUAGGCUUUCAUGCUUGAAAAGGCCUUUUUUUAUGUUUUUGAACUCUGCUUCAACAGCUGCGGAACUUGCAGUGAUGCUGGCGCUUUUGAAGAGAGGGACCAUUAUUGCUGUCCAGAGUGGCAAGUAACUUCCAAGUCUUGUUAUUUGGGGAAUAAUCUCAGGGAGGAAGUGGAUGUUGUCUCUAUCCCCAUCAGCCAUGGCAAGUGACCUGCUCUCCUCACAUAUUUCUGUCACCCACUCUCGGACAUUAGUCUGGAUGUGCUGAUUUAAUCCAUCACUUGGUUCUUGUUCCUCAACUUCCUCAUCUGAAAUGGGGACAAGUUCCUCUGCGAUUUGCGCUCUCAAGCAUUUCUUGCAGUUUUCUGAUGGGAUAGGGGCUCCAGAAUUGUCAUUACCCUCUGUCUCACUCAGUGCCGCAAAGGUGAUAGCACGAAGAAGUUCUUUUGCAUGUUGCAAACAUUGUGAGGAGUUAUCAUGAUGUCAAGUGAAAAAGAAUAAAAUACAUGACAGGGGGUUAAUGAAGAUGCAUGAUUUUAAUAAUGAAAAAUUGCAAUGGCACAAACAAAUGGUUAAUUAACGAUCCAUGGAGUAAGGAUAUGACAUCUCUAGAAAAUAAAUUAGUAUUAAAUAAAUGACAAAUUGAAUGAUUCACUGAACGCCAAAAAUCCUUCCCGGUGUCCGUCUUCAUUCAAAACUCUGGAGAACAAUACAGGCAAGGCUCUGUGUUCAGGUAAUGUUACUCACAGCUACAAUCUGGGAGAGUUUGUGUGGAUUGACACUGACCUUGGUAGCAGUUGCAAGGAAGUUGCCUUGCUUGAAUUUCCCUCCAGUCUGGAGCUAAAAGAGAAGACCUUUACUUUGAGAGCAGUCAUUGGCUUUGAACCAGGACUGACCCAGGAUUCUCUCGGGCAUUAUGUGGCAUACUGCAGGAGGACUGCAUAUGCCUGGAAGAUCUAUAAUGACCUGGGAAGUGGAGUGAAAGCAGCAUCAGUAAAUACUAAGAUCUUCCCACAUGCUGUGUUCUACACAGUGCAGUGAUGCAUUGUUUGAAUUGUUGGGAAAAAAUGUUGAUAAUGUUCCCUUUGACAAAGAAAGUUAUUUUUUCACGUU